AUGUUCCAUGGAAAUCCAGAGAGGCUUCGCUUUUCCCUGGAGCAGCUUAAUUUGAUAGAGUUCCUCCAGAGCCAUGAGAACCAAGAGAUCUACCAGAAGGCCUUUGACCUGAUUGAGCACUACUUUGGAGUAGAGGAUGACUCUGCUUUGGCUCCCCAGGUAGAUGAGGGUUCCCAGAGCAACUGUGGCUUUGCUGGAGCACAGAAGGAUUACACAAUCUCUGUUGUCUUGCAGUCCACGGAAGCUUUGGAGUUCAUGAAGCGGGACUUGGCUGAGUUCACUCAAGUGGUGCAGCAUGAAGCAGCCUGCACGAUCGCUGCUACAGCCAGCGUGGUCAAGGACAAGCUGGCAACGACAGAAGGUUCCUCAGGUGCAACUGAAAAGGUGAGGAAGGGGAUCUCUGGCUUCCUGGGUGUCAUCUCAAACACAUUUGCUCCCUCACCGGAUAAGACCAUUGACUGCCAUGUCAUAACAUUGAUGGCAACCCCCUCGGGCACCACCGAGCCCUGUGACAGUGCCAAGGCUCGCCUCUACAGCCUCCAGUCAGACCCAGCCACCUACUGCAAUGAACCUGACGGCCCUGCUGAGCUCCUUGAGGCCUGGCUCUCUCAGUUUAACCUGGAGGAGAAAAAAGGGGAGAUCGUGGAGCUGCUGGCAACCAGCCCUUCCAUCCGGGCUCUCUACACCAAAAUGUUACGGGCCCUGCCUGGCUUCUUGCUUGGCUGCCCGAAGGAUUGCAUCGGUGGCAGCAGUGCCUUUGGGCACUUAGAUGAGAGCACGUUUGUCCUGCAGACCCUUUGA